AAGAAGAGAUGAAUGAACUUAAACAGAAAAUGAUAUUUAUAUACACUGAAAUACCGGCAGACCAACCUAUCAAUGAUAAUGAAAAUCACGUUGAGGUGGAAAAUUGCUCUGCCAUCCUUGGAGAAGAGAUAACCAAUGAUGACAGUGUGGGACAAGACAUGAUGAGUGACUCAGAAAAUGAACAUAUUGAAAAUCAUCAGACUGAACAAAUACCUUUGAAGUCAGAAAGGACACAAUUUGGAAGUGAAGUUGGAACACAUCUGCAGGAAGUCCCAAUAAUGACUGAAAUGUAUCAAGGAAAUGACAUUACGCUUUGCAGGUGAUAAAAAUCAUAUUGCCAGCUCCAUUGGAUGACAAGUAAAAUAGCCUUUGAAAGCAGAGUCAUAUAAUGCAUGUUCAAAUUUCUGU